AUGACGGCCGAUGGCAUGGUCUCGACGUUGACCAUCUCGCGCACGAUGAAUGACGCGACCGGUGGCACGAUGGAUGACACGACAACCGAUGCCAUCACCGACAGUGACACCAAUCACCAUGGCCGGCGCACCCGCGGCGAGCGAUGCGACCAUGGUCGUCAAACCAUAUCCACGUCCGCCGAUGGAUGCUUUCAAGUCCAAGCGAGCCCUCUCGUUAUUGGCUCGAGCCUCGACGGCGUCACCUGUUGCACUACACGCAGCGGCGGAGAGAGAGAGUUUGUCAUGCUCACGACGGGGCUUCCGUUUGGCAUGGCGUUGCGGCAAUUUGCUUUCUACCGCGAGCAAUUUACAGAGUUUACGCCGCCGCCGCCGACCAUUACAGUAGUACUGUUUCGAGGCCCUGCAUACCCUGUACCUCGGUGCACGUUAGGGGCUAUUCCUCGCGAGUCCUGGUGUAUCCGCGCUGGCGGGAACCUGCGCUUACGUACCUUUGACAGGCGCCACGCGCCGCUUCGCUUCACAAGAGCGCGCCACGAUCGGUGUGGAACAGACGUGGCUGUGGCACGACGAGAGAGAAUCGGACAGUGGCUUUGCCGGAAGGCUGAUGCAUUGGUGAGAGAACGCGUGGGCAUCGAUCGGAAUGAACUCCUAACUCGCAGCCACCAACAAGCUCGCUCGUCGCCGUUUGCUUCCACGCCUCGACGAAUCGCACCCUCUCCCUCCCCCCCUCCCCCUGCCCCCGGCUAG